AUGUCCCUGAGCAAAUCGAAUAUAAGAGAAUACAAGCUUGUCGUUGUCGGUGGAGGCGGUGUCGGUAAGUCGGCGUUGACCAUCCAGCUGAUUCAGUCGCAUUUUGUUGAUGAAUAUGAUCCUACGAUAGAGGAUUCGUAUAGGAAGCAGGUUGUGAUCGAUGAUAAAGUGACCAUCUUGGAUAUAUUGGAUACUGCAGGUCAAGAAGAAUAUUCCGCAAUGAGAGAACAGUACAUGAGGACCGGCGAAGGGUUUCUGUUGGUGUAUUCGGUGACCUCGAGGACGUCGUUUGACGAGUUGAUGACGUACUACCAGCAGAUUCAGAGAGUCAAGGAUGUCGACUACGUUCCUGUGGUGGUUGUUGGUAACAAGUCUGAUCUGGAAGAGGAGAGACAAGUUGCGUACGAGGAUGGACUGAAUAUGGCGAAGCAGAUCAAUGCUCCGUUCCUGGAGACUUCUGCCAAGCAGGCGAUCAACGUCGACGAGGCUUUUUACACUUUGGUUCGGCUGGUCAGAGACGAGGGCGGCGUGUACAACAAACACGCAAUGCGCAACGCCAGCCCCCGCAACGGCCAGGCCGUUGCCAAUGGCGUCGGGCCAGGUAGCACGGUCAACUCUCACAACAACGAGGCCGUGAGUUCCGGUGCCAACAACGUUCACAGCUUGGCCAGCCAGGCGGAGACCAAGGGCUCGCAAACGAAGGCCAGCCAGACGAAUCAGGUCGCUGUCGGCCAGCAGGACGGGGUUGCGAGCCAGAGCGACGACGUGGCAGCCGCUGGCAGGCAAGCGAAACAAAGCAGAGCUCAGCAAUCUUCAAAGGUCGACAGCUCCGCCAAGGAGUCGCCUUCCAAAUCCGGUGGCUGCUGCACCAUCUGCUAG